AUGAAGGAGUUGACCAUCUUUGGUCUUGUCAUUCUAGAUGUCAUCAAGUACAUUGAGGACUUCCCAAAGACCAAAGGAUCGUACACAGAAGUCAAGAACGCGCUGACAUUGUUGGGAGGCAACGCUGGAAACACAAUCUGUUGCAUCUCGUCAUGGCUCAAUGAGUUGAGAAAGGAACAAGGUACAUUGGAGUCAGAGGUCUUGAUACAUUUGAAUACGAUACAGUUGGCAGAUGACAAUGAUGGUAGAGCAUUGAUACCAACGAUUGAUCAAUAUCUGACGAGAUAUGCAUCGUCUGAUUACUCGAGGUUCAUCGAUGUACGCAUACCCCCACUGGUCGACAGGUCAUUGAUGGUCACGCCAUCAGUAGAUAUAUACGUCAGCGACGACACUGAGCGCACAAUGCUCGGACUGGGAUUCACUAGCUGUGACCGCUACAUGGGCCAGCACAAACAGAUCUAUCUGGAGAGCAUCGAGUGGAAGGAGGACGCAUGGAUCACACUGGACUACAACACGGCAUCAGUGUCCAAUCACAUCAUUGAGCGUGCCGGGCAAUGUCUCAUGAACAUGUACGUCAUGGAUCAUGUGUUGCCUGCUCGACUGCCCCUGCAGCCAUCAUCGGACGACAAGUCAACACCCCGAUCAUCAUUCAUUUAUCAGACGUCCACUGAUUGGCGAGGCAAACGCGAUGAUAUCCAUGCGACACUUGGUGCAGCUCGACUAUUCCUCGAGCAAUUCCCAGACACAUUCGUCAUCAUAACUGAUGGUGCCAAUGGAUUGGCGUGCGGCGGAUGGUUCAAACGCAGUGUGCGCGAGCCUGCCGAGUACUUUGAACCCUUCUGGCACUAUGCACCCAAGCUGGACAUCAAGUCCGUCGACUCUAUUGGCGCAGGCGAUGCAUUCCGAGCUGGCUUCCUAUUCUCACUGCUGAUGGGUGGUCGCACUCUUGUACAAUGUCUAGACUUUGCCAGUGUGUCUGGCGGGCUCAACACCCGACAUGUCGGAGGAUGCAGCCAUGUUCCAACGCGACUGGAUAUUCUCCAAGUAUUGGGUCAACUCCACCAACAUCAUCAACAAUGA